UAAAGAAUAAUGACAGUCUUUAUAUAGGUACUUAGUUAGGUAAGAAGAAGGCAACAUACCUUAUAAGUAGGUACAACAAUUUGUUACUCAUUGAUUAAGUCAACGUACCCAAUCAAUCAUCGUGCAUUCUUCUUGGACAAACUUCGGGGUUUAAGUUUAUCCUUAUUUUUUCUAUCUAUCAAAAAGCUUUGUACAUAUAUUUAUUGUAAAAUAUAUAUGCACGGCAUUUCACCGAUCUCAUCCCAUCUGUGUCUCUGGCGAAGCAAAUUUUUGAUCGAUCAUAUCGUCAGUUGCAAUUUUCCAGGGACUAAUAAAAUGAAGUCACUGGUAUUCCUGCUGACAACUUGUACGUGGCUGGUGAAGUGUCUGCCGCCUCCACAUCCUGACGUAGUGGCAGUCAGGAGAGAGGAGGAACGGUUGCCCGCACUCCUGAGGAGCCCAGCGUUACGCAACCCGCAUCUACUGCAGGUACUGCCUCUCACCAGCCUGUUACAUAAAGGAGAAAAACUGGUUUACGCACGAGAUGCUCACGAUGUGCCGCGGAUAGAGAUUCACAAAAUUCUGACUCAUGCGGGCCUUAUUCCAAGGAAAACAUAUCCACCUCCGUCUGUAUCCAGUCAUAGAUUCAACCACAUCCCAGUUACUUUUCCCGAAGAAUGGUAUGAUCGAGAAUUUGCAGAACCUUCAUACUUUCCCAGUCAAGAAACGUUGCAAUACUUAGGGACACAGUAGGUUUAUUAAACUAAAGUACUUGUAUCAAAAUGAAGAGUCAAUGAAAACACCAUUGUGUUAAUGAUGUUGUCAGUGCAAUAAAAUUCGUUAGUAUUAUUUAACUAAUGUAUUGUUAAAUAGUGACUACUUAUGUUUUUGUAAAUAUCGACAUGUUAUAAAUUAAGUUGUCACAUGUUUAGCCAAUAAAUGCAAUUACAAUCAAUUGCAUUUUCACAUUUUUUUACGCGUUAUUUGAUUAUCAACGAUUAAAACUACACAUAUUAAUAGCAAAUUAUGAAAUAAGAGAAAUAGUAAAAAUUAUAUUUUAUUAAAAUGCAACAUGUAGUCAUCAAGCAGCAAUUAAUAAUUAUUUUACUCCAUCUUUUGUUUAAAAGUCUUGCGCGAUAUUUGUAUUUGUAAAAUCAAAAUAAUAUUUAUAAUGAAAUUAAAUGUAUGUAAUGUAAAUAAACUAUGUUUAAGUACGAGUGUAUGUUUAAGUUGUUAUAUUGAAAGUGUAAACGAAGCUGAUGAUUCGAGUGUGUUAAUUUGUUAAUUUCUAGUGCGAUCUGACAUUGUUGAA